AUGGAUUUGUAUGAUAAUAUUGAACUGAUUUUUAUGGCAUUUGCAAUCGCAACAAUUCCAAUUUAUUGUUAUAUUUCAUUUGUAUUAUUAGCGGAAAGGUGAAUGAGACAAAAAAAUGUGGAAAAAACUUGCCCGGAUUUCAGGAAAAAAGUAUUUUCUUCAUCAUUUUAUAAACUUUUUUCAUUAUUAACUUGUUUCGAUAUACUUUCAUGUUUUUGCAUGAUUUCAAGUAAGCUAAAAAGUUUUUUUUCGUAAAAUCGUGACCAAUCCAAUUGUUUCAGCCAUGACAAUUCCAAGUAUAUUUUUCCCAGAUGAAAUAAAAGAUACAGUACUUGCGAAAAUAUUCACCGGGCUUUUGCUGUUUUUGAGAACUGGACAAGGGACUGCAACAACUUAUAUUGCUGUGAAUCGAGCUACUGUAUUCAUAUUCCCAUUGAAGUAUAUUAAAAUUUGGCCGAAAAGGUUUAUAUUUUAUAUUUUAAUAUUUCCCUGUUUCGGAUUACCGUUUCUUUUUGGAAUUUUUUAUGCAGAUAUCAAUUAUAUUGUUGAACCAAUAUCUGGUGUAAGUUUGGAAAAUAUUUUGAGAAUCCACAUUCAGAUGUUUUAAUCUUCAGAGACCAUUUCCAAACUUCAUUGACACAAAUAUUCGAGAUAUUCUAUUUAUGAUAGCUCUCGUCAUGGAAUUCUAUUCACUCGUUGUUAUAUUUCUCGCAUAUAUUCUAGUCGUAGUUAAAUUGCGAAAAAUCGGCAAGCAAUUAUAUUCUAAUCAAAAAACAGAGGAAAACACAUCAACCCGAAUUGCGAUUAUAGUUUGCUGUUGUGAAAUAAUUUAUUUCAUAUUUCUCGGACUAUGCCCAAUAUUUGCGAUUUCAACGAAGACUUUUUACGCAUUCAUCAAUCCUGUUACCUAUGUUUAUUCAACAAUUAAUUGUUUUGUUCUUCUUUUAUUUUGCCCGCCAAUUCGAGAUCUCUGGAAACCAAUCAAAAUCAAAAAUGUGACUACGAUAACAUUAUGA